UUCAUCUGUAUUGGUGGUGUGAUCCUUCCUUUCUUGGCCAGCAACAUCUCUGUUUGGCGCUCUUUCAAUUCCUCAUUCAUCUCCAGGAAGUACAGGGGAAGUGAGUGCAAAUGUCCCUAGGACACCCAUCCCUAGAGCUUCGAAUGUCUUCCAAUUAGAAACUCUUUGCAUUCAGUUCUUUGGAUGUAAAUCUGUACUGCCGAAUACGCAUGACUUCAACUCGAACGGGGAGCAAAGUACAAAAAUCCUGGAAGAUUGACAUCAGCCGACCCCUGCCACUACAUACAACUUCUUCUAACACUACUCGUACUUCCCGGAGUUAUAGUAGUUACAGUAGUACUUCUAGUGUCGACACGUGCACAUGAUUGUCUGAGAAGGCCUACCCGAUACAUUGCCUCCAAGGAACAGAUCCUAUAACAUGUCGGCCUUCUUGGUUGAGGCCUUGGCCUCUAAGACUGGGACACCAGAGUCUGGACUGCGCCUCAUCUUGGGACAACUGGCAGGCUAUCCAAUUUUCUUGAUCCAUCGCAAUUACUUCAAAAAGAGCUCGGAAUGGACGCAACAUCUGUUUUUCUUGACCACCGGCAUGUUCAUGAGCUGGUGGGCCAUUGGAGAGGAAGCUUUGAUGCACAGUUGCAUUUGCGUGAUCGCCACCUACUUGAUAUUGCGCUCUUUGGGAGGCAACUUCACGGCUGCCAUGAUCUGUUUCAUUCUCAAUUUGUCCUACCUCUUCAUUGGCUACAUUUGUAACGCAUCACGAGAUUAUGACAUCACGUGGACCAUGCCCCAAUGCGUGAUUUGCUUGAGGUUGAUAGGUCUGGCCAUGGAUGUUUAUGAUGGCACGAAGAAAGAGGAAGAGCUCAGUCGCGAUCAAAAAGCUGGUCGUUUGACCGAGGUUCCCUCGCUGGUCGAAUGUUUGAGCCACAGUUUUUUUAUUGGUGGAUAUUUCGUGGGUCCCCAGUUUUCAAUGAGGAAGUUCAAGAACUACAUCGAAGUGAACCGGACCCAAGAUUUACCCUCACCCGUGGCCUUCGGUUUCAAGCGAUUGGCUAUUGGUUGGGUGUACAUGAUAGGCCAUCUCAUUGGUUCUACUUUUGUGCCAGAAGCAUGGGUUCAGACAGAAAAUUUUGGCCAAAUGAAUUUCUUGGCGCGAACUUUCUGGUUUUCAUUGUGGGCCAAGAUCAUCUUGAGCAAAUACAUCGCGGCAUGGCUUUUUGCCGAAGGAUCUUGCAUCAUUUCAGGUAUUGCAUAUAAUGGAGUCGAUGAAGCCACCGGUGAAGUCAAGUGGAAUGGAAUGGCCAACGUCAAACUUCGUGUCUACGAAGGAGCCCAUAAAUUCCAGCAUCUCAUUGAUUCAUUCAACAUCAACACGAACGGAUGGGCGGCAAGUUAUAUCUAUAAGCGCCUCCGAUUCUUGAACAACAAGCUUUAUAGUCAAUUGGGAACAUUGCUCUUCUUAGCUGUUUGGCACGGUUACCAUUCAGGUUAUUUUCUCACCUUUGCCAACGAACUUCUGGUCAUGCAGGUUGAGAAAGAGUUUGUGGCCGUGUGGACCAAGAGCCCAAAGGCUCAAGCUCUCCACGAACACCCUUUGGGCAACAUAUUUUGCAAAGUGGUGGGCUAUCUGUAUGUGGUCACACUGCUCCCUCAUUGUUUUCUCCCGUUUCCUCUUCUGAAGUUUGACAAAUAUUGGGGACCUUUGUGGGAAACACGUUUCAUUAUGUAUAUCAUAUUUGGCAGCUGGUUUCUGGUGCGACAACCUGUCAAAUCCUUCCUUUUGCCGCCCAAGAAGCAGGAUUGAAUGCAAUCCACCUUGAAUUUGUUGUAUUUUAGAGCCAUGCACUCAAUUAAGAAGCCUCUGAAACUUGGGAGCUAAAAUUUAUCCACCUUUCAAUGUUGCAAUGUUUACUCAUCGAAUGUCUGGACUGAGAGACCUCUUGGGAUAUCUUAAGUAACUUUGGUCAUUGGAUUGAGCGAGAUCUAGGGUUUUUCAUGGGAUUCUUGAAACCUCUUUUUGCCUUUGUUUUUAGUGGCCGCAAAAACCAUUAAUAAUGUUGAGUCCACAUGUAAAGGUUGUUUACUCCUUGAUCUACCACGGGUGUGUGGGAGUGAAUGAUGAUCAAUGGCCCUCCCCUCCCCCUAUGUAUGUUUUUGCUUCCACUUUUAAGACAGUGUGGAUGCCCUUUGCUCACCCUUUUGACCCCCAAUGAUACUGAAGGAAAGGUAAUUUUGUCUCACACCUAAGCCAAUGUAAAGAGUCACUUCCUUCCUUUGGACAUUCCUAUCAAAUCAAUCAAUUUACGUAAUUCAAAGCAUUCAAUGAUCAUUUGGUGGUAGCUGAUAGUAUUUUUGUUUUGAGGCCUCCAAACGUAAAGAUCAAUCCCAUGCUCCCUUCUAAACAAUUCUUGUGAGAGGUGAUUCAUGAUUGUGCCCCUUUAUUUUGAACAUAAAGUCAAUUGAGUGAAAUAAAUAAGUUUGUGCCAUUAUUCCCAGGA